CACACACACUCCUGUUUGCCAUCCGGCCCCUUUCGUCAGCCUGGCCUGGUCAGUAACUAAUCCACUGCUUCCAUGUGGACCGACAGCGAUAAGAAGAGAAGGAAUGCUAUGCCCGAGAACAUAACAGACAUGGAGAGAGAGAGCAGCUUUUAGUCCAGUGAUCAUAAAACACCCCAGUUAAUUACCGUGUCAGAAAUGGUCCACCCACAACAAUCGGGUGAAAAGGAAAAAAGGUAAGGAUAUGUGAUAUUAAUAGCCUGGCCGUUAAAUAGAAGGCACACACAACUGGUUUCUCCUUACUAUAGCUCUGCUGGGGGGGCGAGAGGAGAAGACAUUAAGAAAAGAUUCACCAUUGCCUCUGGUUCUGGAGAAUGCAUGGUUUUAGUGGCCCGGUAAAUAUAUUGUCAUUUCAAACCGGUAGAGGUUUGUUUUUUACCAUUACUGUGAGAAAUUUCCUCUGAAAUUGGGGAAGCAAAACUCUUAAUGAUGAACCCCAGAGGAUACAGAACAAGGUGAAUUACUGAUCUAGAUAUUAUAUUAAUGCUUAUGGGAAGAUCUCAUUUUGACAUUUUGGGCAGAAACAAGGAUUUUGCUGGGGUAUGAAAUACAGAUGCACACCUUUUGCCCUGUAGCUUUUAUUGUUCCUCACAGGGAAAAAACGAUGUAAUCUACUUGAAGUGGCAGUGGAACACAAGAUAUUUAGGGUCGUUUCAUUAGGGCACGCUAACACUGUAACAGAAAAUGAAAACAAGUCUAGGUUGUCCCUUCCUGUUUCAUGACGCAUUCUUCCGUUUAGGCGACUAAUAAACACGACGCAGGUUUUCUGCCUGGUUGACCAACCCUGGAAGGACGACUGGCUUAUUUUUCCCCCCCGUUUUAUAAUUUUUAUUAUUUCACUACGAUUGUUUACUUCUCAUUUUUCACAUGAUGAUAAUUUCCAUGACUUCCCAGGCAGUGGUCUCUAUCCAUCAGUAACCGGUGUGUUUCUUCCAGGCAGUGGUCUCUAUCCAUCAGUAACCGGUGUGUUUCUUCCAGGCAGUGGUCUCUAUCCAUCAGUAACCGGUGUGUUUCUUCCAGGCAGUGGUCUCUAUCCAUCAGUAACCGGUGUGUUUCUUCCAGGCAGUGGUCUCUAUCCAUCAGUAACCGGUGUGUUUCUUCCAGGCAGUGUGGUCUCUAUCCAUCAGUAACCGGUGUGUUUCUUCCAGGCAGUGGUCUCUCUAUCCAUCAAUAACCGGUGUGUUUCUUCCAGGCAGUGGGCUCUAUCCAUCAAUAACCGGUGUGUUUCUUCCAGGCAGUGUUCUCGAUCCAUCAGUAACCGGUGUGUUUCUUCCAGGCAGUGGGCUCUAUCCAUCAGUAACCGGUGUGUUUCUUCCAGGCAGUGGGCUCUAUCCAUCAGUAACCGAUGUGUUUCUUCCAGGCAGUGGUGGGAGAUAUAAUUCGAGUAGGAUGCUCAGAUUACGUACCUGCGGACUCUAUCCUCCUGUCAUCCAGUGAGCCCCAAGGCAUGUGCUACAUUGAGACGUCAAACUUGGAUGGAGAAACAAACCUCAAAAUCCGACAGGGACUACAAAUCACCUCGGAGAUCAAGGACAUUGACAGCCUGAUGCGUCUCUCUGGGCGCAUGGAGUGCGAGAGCCCCAACCGCCAUCUCUAUGAGUUUGUGGGGAACAUCCGUCUGGACGGACACAGCACCAUGCCUCUGGGUCCGGACCAGAUUCUGCUGCGAGGUGCCCAGCUGAGGAACACCCAGUGGGUCCAUGGCGUCGUGGUCUACACUGGGCACGACACCAAGCUCAUGCAGAAUUCCACACGGCCGCCUCUGAAGCUGUCCAAUGUGGAGCGCAUCACAAACUUCCAGAUUCUACUGCUGUUCGGCUGUCUACUGGCCAUCUCUCUGGUUUGUUCAAUCGGACAGACCAUCUGGAAGUACCAGUACGGCAAUGCAGCCUGGUACAUGGACUUGAACUAUGGUGGUGCCGCAAACUUUGGCCUCAACUUCCUCACCUUCAUCAUUCUCUUCAACAACCUGAUCCCCAUCAGUCUACUGGUGACUCUGGAGGUCAUCAAGUUCACACAGGCCUUCUUCAUCAACUGGGAUACAGACAUGCUCUAUGAGCCCACUAACACCCCAGCCGUGGCUCGCACUUCCAACCUGAAUGAAGAACUAGGACAGGUGAAAUACAUCUUCUCCGACAAGACGGGGACUCUGACCUGCAACGUGAUGCAGUUCAAGAAGUGCACCGUCGCCGGCGUGGCCUACGGUCACAUACCCGAGGCUGAGGAUGGUAGUUUUGCUGAGGAUGACUGCCACAGCACACAGUCGUCUGAGGAGGCCGGAUUUAAUGACCCCAGCUUGCUGGAAAACCUCCAAAGUAAUCACCCCACUGCUCCUGUCAUCCUGGACUUCAUGACCAUGUUGGCCAUCUGUCACACGGCCGUCCCCGAGCGCACCGACGAUACGAUCGUCUACCAGGCUGCCUCACCAGACGAAGGGGCUCUGGUGAGGGCAGCAGCGAACCUGGGCUUUGUGUUCUCCGGUAGAACCCCAGACAGUGUCAUCAUUCAAGCGCUUGGAGCCGAGGAGAAGUAUGAACUGCUCCAUGUUCUAGAGUUCACCAGUACUAGGAAGAGGAUGUCGGUCAUCAUGCGUACUCCAUCUGGCAAGAUCCGCCUCUACUGCAAAGGAGCUGACACGGUAGUCUACGACCGUCUGGCCGACAGCUCCAGGUAUAAAGAGAUCACUCUGAAACACCUGGAGCAGUUUGCCACAGAGGGGCUGCGUACUCUGUGCUUUGCUGUGGCUGAGAUUAGUGAGUCAACCUAUCAGCAAUGGUUGGAGGUGUUCCACCGUGCCUCCACCGCCCUGCAGAACCGAGCCCUCAAACUGGAGGAGAGCUAUGAGCUCAUCGAGAAGAACCUGCAGCUCUUAGGGGCCACAGCCAUCGAGGACAAGCUCCAGGACAAGGUGCCUGAGACCAUUGAGACGUUGAUGAAGGCCGACAUCAAGAUCUGGAUCCUGACCGGGGACAAGCAGGAGACUGCCAUCAACAUCGGACACUCCUGCAAACUUCUGACCAAGAACAUGGGCAUGCUGGUGAUCAACGAAGACACACUUGACGCAACCAGGGAGACCCUCAGCCACCACUGUGGAAUGCUGGGAGACGCCCUUUACAAGGAAAACGAUUUCGCUCUCAUCAUCGACGGAAAUACGCUAAAAUACGCCCUCACAUUUGGAGCACGGCAGUACUUCCUAGACCUUGCCUUGUCCUGUAAAGCCGUGAUAUGCUGCAGGGUGUCUCCACUGCAGAAGUCUGAGGUGGUGGAGAUGGUGAAGAAGCAGGUGAAGGUGAUCACACUCGCCAUCGGCGACGGCGCCAACGAUGUGGGAAUGAUCCAGACGGCACACGUGGGUGUGGGAAUCUCUGGCAACGAGGGCCUGCAGGCCGCCAACUCCUCCGACUACUCUAUCGCACAGUUCAAAUACUUGAAGAAUCUUUUGCUGGUCCACGGCGCCUGGAAUUACAACCGCGUAUCCAAGUGUAUCCUGUAUUGCUUCUACAAGAACAUUGUCCUGUACAUCAUCGAGAUCUGGUUUGCCUUCGUCAAUGGAUUCUCUGGUCAGAUUCUGUUUGAGCGCUGGUGCAUCGGCCUGUACAAUGUGAUUUUCACUGCUCUGCCUCCUCUCACGCUGGGCAUAUUUGAGCGUUCAUGCAGGAAAGAGAACAUGCUGAAGUACCCGGAACUCUACAAAACCUCUCAGAAUGCCAUGGGCUUCAACACCAAGGUCUUCUGGGCCCAUUGUCUGAAUGGCCUCUUCCACUCGGUCAUCCUCUUCUGGGUCCCCCUCACAGCCUUCCAGCACGAUACGGUCUUUGGCAACGGAAAGACCCCGGACUAUCUCCUCUUAGGCAACAUGGUUUAUACAUUUGUGGUCAUCACCGUGUGCCUUAAAGCUGGCCUGGAGACCUCAUCGUGGACUAUGUUCAGUCACAUUGCCAUCUGGGGCAGCAUCAGCCUGUGGGUGGUGUUCUUCGGUAUCUACUCCUCUCUGUGGCCGCUCAUCUCUCUGGCUCCGGACAUGUCUGGCGAGGCGGACAUGAUGUUCAGUUCGGGAGUCUUCUGGAUGGGCCUGAUAUUCAUCCCUGUCACCUCCCUGGUCUUUGACGUGGCCUACAAAGUUGUGAAGAAGGUGUGCUUUAAAACCCUGGUGGAUGAGGUGCAGGAGCUGGAAGCCUUGUCCAAGGACCCAGGAGCCCUGGUGCACGGGAAGAGCCUGACGGAGAGGGCACAGCUCCUGAAGAACGUCUUCAAGAAGAGCACUGUCAGUAUGUACCGAUCGGACUCCAUGCAGCAGAAUCUGCUACAUGGCUACGCCUUCUCUCAAGAUGAGAACGGAGUGGUGUCCCAGUCGGAGGUCAUCCGGGCGUACGACACCACCAAACAGCGGACCAACGAGUGGUGAAACCACACCCCUCUCUGCCCGGCUGGCCUUUUAAGAGCCACAGCCGUUUUCGACGGUGAUUUGAACCUGAUGGGGAAGUCUCCGGAUAACCCCAGCCCAAGCAUCGCAGGAUAUUGGACAUGAUAAAGGAAAAGAAAGAGGGAUGUCUUGUACUUCAAAAAGGGAAAAAAAUAGGAACAAAAAAGUGUUCAAAAAGUAUUCACUGCUGUAGUUGUGUGUCCAGCAGACAUGAGCACUGUGCUUGCAUUUUUAGCAGUCUGUGGUCUGAAGUUCCUCUGUUCUUGUUCUAUCUAAUGAAGAGGUUUCACUUCUUAAUAUCUCCUCCAUUCCUAUUAAUACACCCCAAAAAAUAUGUAGUUUGCUCCAAAAUCGUCAAAACUGUUGUGUGUGUACUCUAAUUGGUGACUGAAUAAUCCAAAUUUGAUUUUGAUCACCCACCACCACCCCACCAAAUAUUUUGUUUUGUUUGUAAAUGCAGAUUGCGAAAUAGCAGUUGUAAAUGCAAUCUCUUUCAAGUCGGCUGUAGCUUCGAUUAAAAUUCAAAUAAAACUCAACCAAGAAUAUUGACACUCCUGAGUCUAUUCCAGCUCUGAAUGGACCACUUCAGAACAGACAUUUUGUUGUUUUGUUGUUAUUUUGCACUUCUACUGUAUAAAAAGGCCUUACAUUUGUUCAUGCCUUCAGCCAUACUUGUUUGUUUUUCUUCUAAAUGUUAUUAUUUUAGAAUGAUGUAGUUAUCGUGCCCAAGUUGAGUCGUUUUUUUUUCAUGAUAGCCGCUUACAACUCGUCCAAUUUCCACCAUUUUAUUACAGCACUUUGAUUGCUCUAUACAAGUAAUUGCAUUCCACACAUUACUCGGCUGCAACAAUCACAAUGGUGCCUGACUUUUUCCCUGAUUAGAAUACGUAAGAUAUCCUAGCUAGCUAGUUUAGAACAGUGCUCUACCCACUAAUUGGCAAGAUGAGCUCAUUGUCCCCCAUAUAUUGCUCCCCAGUACACAAUGUGGUAAAAAGUAAAGUGGUAUAUUUAAAAUCACAGGCUCCAUUGUUGCUUUCUUUCUACCCAGUGUUUUGGGGGUGGUUGUAUGACGAUCUUGUUGAAUUUCCGUAUGCUUAGUGGCGGCUCUUCUUUCAAAAACGUCUUUUCCCUUCGAAUAGAGAGUUUAUCCUUCUAACAUAAGUGCCAUUAGCUUAAGGGAGAGAGAAAAUUUGCCAGGAAACUCCACACAGUAUCAAAACGACUUUCUCUAUAGUUAUUUUGAGAAUUUGUAUUUUUAUAUUGGAGAAGUACGAAUUUUUGCAUUGACCUGCUUUGUAAUGAAUAAUUGUCCAUGUUUUUCCUUUUUUUUCUCUCAGACAAAAAAAAGAAUGCCCAAAUGAAUGCCGAAAAAUAUAUUUCUUAAAUGUCUUGUUGUUUAUUAUUGUCAUUAUAGUACCUGCUUUGUUUAUUUAAUAAUUAACUGUGUUUGUUCUCUUCUCCCUAUGGGAGAUCGGUUUCCAUACCGGCUGCGUGUGUAUGUGUGUGUGUUAAUCCGCCAUCUGCAUGUGCAUGUGCGUGUGUGUGUGUAACCUCUUCUACUGUGGGUAACUUCUACAUACGCAUGUCUGUCAUUUGUGUGAGACUGGGAGCCCUUAGAACCUCAGGUCUCCUUUUGCAUUCUUUGACUGUGUUUUUGUAUAUGUUUGAGGAUGUGUGGGUGACUGACUGUGUGUGUGGUGUCGCUUGCUCCUCUGGUCUGUCUGCAUGACUCCAGGUAUAAUUAUGGUGUACUGUCUGCUGCUGUAUGGCCCUCUUUGUAUGGCCAGACCUCAGCCCUGGGGGUCCUGGGCUCUGACGCUAAGGCUCUCGCAUGACAGGAGAUGUUGCACAACGCACUCUGUUACCUUUCCAAUAGUGGAUAUUUUGGUAUUAUCUGGUUAUUGGUUUCAGUGUAUUUUCUCUGGGUCUACAUGUUUGUAACUUGUUUAGUUUUUUGUCUCUCAUGCAGUGUACCUCUACUUUACUACAAACCUUUUUGUGUUUCUUCCUGGUUUAAGUGAGGGUAUCAGUAAAGAUGUAUUUGUUACGCUAUACUUUUGUGUUUCGAUUGAUUAGAUGUCAACUGCUGUCACAAUUCCAAAAUGCUGAAUGUGAGUCUUCUGAUGUGAAAGUGGUUGUGGAAGGCUUGGACUGUUGCUUUUUGUCUGUGAAAGUUGUGGGCUGCAUGAAUGGACUAAAACCUUCUCCGGUUAAGUGUUUAUUGUACUACUUUGAUUCUCCCUCAAGUGUGGGUCACUUUACAGAAAAAAAUGCACUUUUCAAUUUGUUUCAAUAUCAUUUAAUGAUUGUUCUGCAUGUUGGGACUGCAAACUUUUAAGUGUUCUGUCUUUUACUGCCAUAAAGGACUACUACUAAAAUAAACUUUUCAAACAUGGAAACCAA